CUGUGAACUAAGGAGUAUGAUUAAGUACAAAAUAAUAACUAAAAAUACAAAUUACAAAAUCAAAAAAUAGUGACUAACGCCAAGAGGUAUGCUUCGCAAUGGUAAAAGCCCGAGACCAAAGGCUGCGACCUUCUCUGCCACUCCAGGUCUUCCUUAGCUACGUUCCCACACCCUCACGGACCGCCCUGCCCCCAACAGUCGGCGGGAAGUGCGCAUGCGCACGGUGAGGCCCUUCCCGCUCCCCGUCGCUUCUCUUCCGGUUUCGGCCCCGCCCACCGCGGGCGCUGUCGUUUCCGGUUCAGCUCAGGAACAGCCAGCCGAAAAGCUUUGGGCCUUCGCUUCUUAGGUCCUCCCACUUCUCUAAACGCUCCCGCGACUGCCUCGGUCGCUGGGGAAGGUAUUUACCAAUAAAGUUUUACUAUUUCAAAGCCGGGCGGAUUGGGCUGGGUCCAACCGCCUUCCCCUGGCAGUUCCUCUCGGCUCCUGGCUUCGAGCUUCAGGCCGUCAUGGCCAGGGGCCGCCGCGGCCGGGCGGGUUUGAGGCCGCCUUUCGCUGCCCACGCACUCGCGUGGCUCCUGGGGCCGCCGGCGUCCGCCUCGGUCUGAGCGCAGCCCCUCGGCGCCCACGGGCCGCCUCGCGCCGGACCCCAUGGCGUCCGAGGCGCCGUCUCCUUCCUUGUCUCCAUCGCCACCCACCUCCCCUGAGCCGGAGCUGGCCCAGCUGAGGCGGAAGGUGGAGAAGUUGGAACGCGAGCUGCGGAGCUGCAAGCGGCAGGUGCGGGAGGUGGAGAAGCUUUUGCACCACACGGAGCGGCUGUACCAGAGCGCCGAGAGCAACAACCAGGAGCUCCGCACCCAGGUAGAAGAGCUCAGUAAAAUACUCUAUUGUGGGAGAAAGGAAGAUAAUAAGAAGUCUGACGUAGAAGUACAAACAGAGAACCACCCUCCUUGGUCAAUCUCAGAUUAUUAUUAUCAGACGUACUAUAAGGAUCUUAGUCUUCCAGAUAAAGUGACAGAACUUUCAGUUCAGCAAGAUCAGGAUAGCGAAGUUUCUGCUUAUAAUUUUAAAGACCAGUCACAAAUAGAAAAUGAUGUGUAUGCUGGUACUGAUGUAACGGAAAAGGUUGAAUGUGGACAAGAGGACCAUUUUGCCUUAAAUUCACAGGAGCCAGCAUCUGCAUUAGCAACAGAGGAUGCAUCCUUAGAAGGUUCAUCAUUAGCUGAAAGUUUGAGAGCUGCAGCAGAAGCUGCUGUAUCACAGACGGGAUUUAGUUAUGAUGAGAAUACUGGACUGUAUUUUGACCACAGCACUGGUUUCUAUUAUGAUUCUGAAAAUCAACUAUAUUAUGAUCCUUCCACUGGAAUUUAUUACUACUGUGAUGUGGAAAGUGGUCGAUAUCAAUUUCAUUCUCGAGUAGAUUUGCAACCUUAUCAGACUUCUGGCACAAAACAAAGUAAAGAUAAAAAGUUGAAGAAGAAGAGAAAGGAUCCAGAUUCUUCUACAGUAAAUGAGGAAAAGGAUUUGAAUUCAGAAGAUCAAAAAGCAUCCAGUGUUGAACAUAUAAACUGCAGUGAGGGAGAAGAUUGUGCAAAUGUGAAAAAGAAGGCCAAAGUUGACAUUCAUUACAAAAAUAGUUCCCAUGAAUUCACUGUUCCAGUUAUCGGAAAGACUAUAGAAUUUCCUCUUAAUGAAAACAUCUAUAAUUCGACUUCAUUUAAAGAUGAGAAAAUCAUAGAAACUGAUAGUGAGCCAGAAGAAGGUGAAAUUACAGACUCUCAGACUGAGGACAGUUAUGACGAAGACAUUACCAGUGAAGACAAUGUAACUGCAGAAGAUACUGAGGAUGAAGAUGAGGAAAAAAUUUGGCCCCCUUGUAUUAGAGUAAUUGUUAUUAGAUCACCAGUGUUGCAGACAGGAUCACUUUUUAUCAUUACAGCUGUAAACCCUGCUACCAUUGGAAGAGAAAAAGAUAUGGAGCAUACUCUCCGAAUCCCUGAAGUUGGUGUCAGUAAGCCUAAAACUAAAUGUGACCCUUAUGUACUUGAGCAUGGAGAUGAAGUGAAAAUUGGAGAGACUGUGUUGUCCUUUCACAUUCACCCUGGCAGUGAUACCUGUGAUGGCUGCGAACCAGGGCAGGUUAGAGCUCACCUUCGUCUUGAUAAGAAAGAUGAAUCUUUUGUUGGUCCAACACUAAGCAAGGAAGAGAAAGAGUUGGAAAGGAGAAAAGAGUUAAAGAAAAUACGAGUAAAAUAUGGUUUACGGUAUUUUGUAUUUAUAAAGAAUACAGAUUAUGAAGAUGAAAAGGCAUUGAAGAAUCCAAAAUAUAAAGAUAGAGCAGGGAAACGGAGGAAGCAGAUUGGAAGUGAAGGAACUUUCCAAAGAGAUGAUGCUCCUGCAUCUGUUCAUUCUGAAAUUACUGAUAGCAACAAAGGUCGGAAGAUGUUGGAAAAGAUGGGUUGGAAAAAAGGAGAGGGCCUGGGGAAGGACGGCGGAGGAAUGAAAACUCCGAUUCAGCUUCAGCUUCGACGAACACAUGCAGGCUUGGGGACAGGUAAACCAUCCUCAAUUGAAGAUGUUCACCUUCUCCAAAACAAGAGCAAGAAGAACUGGGAGAAAGCACGAGAGAGGUUUGCUGAAAACUUCCCAGAAACUAAGCCGCAAAAAGACGCACCAGGGACCGUUCCUUGGGUCAAAGGGACUGUAGAGUGAAGGUCAGUCCUAGAACACAAUUCAAGCUUUUUAAGAGAGAAUCUGGAACUUUUCCCUCCAAAAGAGCCAGUGGCAUGAGGGAACCUGUAUCACAAUUUACCCCCUCAUGAUUCAAAAAUGUAUAAUAAAGUGUGGUUUGCAGCUUUUAAAAAACGUUUUUUAAAAACUAGUAAGUAGUGAAUGUAUCAAGUUAUUUGAUGGGUGGAUUAAAGUUCACAGGGCAUGGAUGAGCUUAUCAAACUUUGUUAUUUUAUCUUGUCAUUUAUAAGACCUACAUAAGUAACUAGCCAUAUCAGCAAAAUUCAUAUCCUCACUAACGAUUUAAAUGUACAUUUGUCUUUGUCUCCAUAUGUUCAUUAUGUUGAGAAAACAUGGGUAGAGGUGCAUAAAUUUUAUUUUCCUUGAAAUAACGUUAAGUAAUAUUAUUGAAGAACUAACAGACAGGUGACACGUAGAAAAUUAGUCUUUCAUGUUUUCUUCUGUGAAGAAUCUGUUGAUUUGUACUAUAUAUUAAGCAUUUACAUUGGUUUGUUUCAUAGAUUAAAUAUUUAGAUAUGAACAAUUGAGUACAGUAUUGAAAUAUUCAUUGUACUGGCAUUUGUAGUUUUGAUAAAUCCCAUUGCUGGCAAUGGAGUUUUGCCAGAUAAAUCUAAUUUCUACUGCCAACAGAUUAUCUAGCCAAGGCCUCAAACUCAAGUAUUUAUUGAAAAUGUUCUCAAAUGCAAUAAAAACAUUGUAACAUCAGAAAGAGUGAUUCAUUGAACCAAUGAUUUAAACAUACUGGUCUGCUUUGAACUCACUACCAGCCAGAAUUUUCCUUUUGAAAGUGGCAGAGCAGUGACAAGAGGACACCCUGGAAUGCUGGAGAGCUGCAGUGCAGUUUCCUGAGUGCAGGUGUCACUACUCUGCCAGUUAUCACUAUUUUCUUCCGUUUGACUUUUCUCUCAGCUCUUGUCUGGGAAAUUAAUGCUGGAACUGACCCUCUUUUGGCAGUGAAUAUAAGCUACAGCUCCCUCAUCUACUAUAAAGAAAUGUCUUCAAGAUUUAGAAUAGGAAAGAAAAAUUCUGAAAAAAAAAAGUACAAUAGGGAAAAUAAUUCAGAAGGAAAGGCUACCUGUUGGAAUUUCUAGUCUAAAUGGCAUAGGGUACGUCGAAAGAAAAGGGAGUGAGGAAAGAAAAAUAAAUUUAUUACUAAAGAUGAGACGUGACCAAAUUAUUAAGUCCCUUAAAGCCUAAGUUUGGAUAAUCAGAGGCCCCUAGAACUCCAGAUGUGGUUAUAAUAUUUUUCUGUAUCCUUCCUGGCCACCUACACACCCUAACACAAAUAUAUGUGCAUUAGAAUUGGAGGCAACAGGAGUUUCCUGAAUUAUUUUCUCUAAAUUAGAAAAAUAAUUACUUAUCUAAAUGUGGUUUGGUACUGGUGCCCUGUAUAUAGGUAACGAUACAGAAUUCCCAAAGUAGACUUUGCUUCUGGUAAAUCUUACUCAUUGGGUUAGUAUACUGUCUAUAUAGUUCCCAUUUUUAUUACUGGAUUGCAGAAAACUUUUUUCAUUGUUUUCUUUUGUUAAGAAAAUGGAAACUUGAAAAUGGUGAUAAAAACUAAAAAAAAAACCACCUUGAAAUAUAUGUGAUACUUGCAUUAUUAAACCCCUUUGCAGAUCAAAGUCUCAGGGCUACACUGUAUAGUGGUUAAAGCACUGAAUCAUGUCUGUAUCUAUUUCCAAUUGUGAAAUAAUAUUCAUUUCACAUGUCUGUCUUAAAUAGAAAAUGAGAAUGUAUAUAAAACCACUUUGUAAACCAUAAAAGCAGUACAAAUGUGAGCUUCUGUUUGUUCAGAAGCAUACAUGUCAAUUAUGUACAAUUUGGAUUACACAUAAAAUUGUUUUGUGUCUAGUAUUUUAAAUUAUAGUUUAUUCACACUAUGUAGAGUUAUUAAUUUAAUAGCCUUUAAGGGUUAUUUUAAGUGGAGCUACAAGUUGCUAAUUUGAGAAAUCUUAACAUUUUAUAUUUUUGCCAGAACAUGAGAAGUUGGUAAAAUUGAGAACAGAAAAAACUAUCAACAUUAAAGAAAAAUAACAGAAAUUUUUUUCUAUAAUUAAAUAGUUAAGAAAUACUUUGUCUCAAAAAGAAAGGAUUUUUUUUUCCUGCUUUUAGACAGUUUUUACUCCUGAUGGUUCCUCCGAAUCAAAUACCUUCCAACGUAUUGUGUAAAAUAUUAUUUCUUAAUUUGGUACAUUUUCAAAUUGCACGCAAAAGAAGAUAGAAAUUUCCGACAAGGUAGAGCAGACGUAUCAGAGAUUUUGCACAAGGCCACCCUAUCGAGUUGCAGGACAGAGGGAUGUGCUUGGCAGGGAGCCAGAAAGGCAUUUCUGGACCCAACACGUUCUCAGGAACAGUGGAAAGUAUUUUCUCUAACAUCUUAUUCUAAAUGUGCUUAUUUUUGUAGGGCAUCACUUUUGUGUCUGAAUCUUUGAUUCAAAAUGUUUUAUUUUAUCUUUUUAGACUGUAAAGUUGGAAAUACAUUUGGAUUCUUUAAAAUGA